CUUUUCCGGAAGCGCUCGUGGCGCGCUGACGUCGGUGAGGAAGGCGUUGCGGUCCUCGCGAGCUACAGAACGAGCGAAGGGAAUCAAGAUGGCGGACCUCGAAGACGUUACGCUGGACGGGAGGCCGCUCCAUUCGCUCCGGGUGGCGGAUUUGAAAGCGGCAUUGGAAGAGAGAGGGCUUCCGAAAAGCGGACAGAAGAAUGCACUCAUCAAGAGGCUCAAAGGGGCUCUCAUGUUGGAGAACCUUCAGAAAACCUCCACUCAUCACAUUGGCCUGCAGCCUAACUCCCGGAUUGGCGAGGAAAUGAGUCAGAACAGCUUCAUUAAACAGUACCUGGCCAAACAGCAAGAGCUUCUCAGGCAGCGCUUGGAGAGAGAAGCACGAGAGGCAGCUGAAACUGAUGGAACAGACCAUGAAGACCACACAGAGGCCAAUGACAGUAUUUGUGCUGCCCCUAACCAGGAUGUUGCUCCCUCCUUAGUUGACCAACACAAAGGAGGUACAGUAGUGGCUGGGGGAUUUGGGGUGACUGGGAGUGAGAGUGAUGAGCUCGCAGAAAAAGAAACCCCUGGGCAGCCGUCCCCCCUCGCACCUGCCCAGCCUGGCGCAAUAGCCUCUUUAUCUGUGCGGGUUGUUGGUGAAAGAGGACCAACUUCAAGCCAUGAACCGGCUGAGAGUGAUGAUGACAGUGAAGGCGGGGAUGACAAUGAUGACGAUGAGGAGGAGUGGAACGCCAAUGCUCAACGGAGUCGUCGAGCACAGCCUCCAAAAAGCCAACCGGUGAGGGAAAGAUCUGGUAGCUCGCAGCAACAGCAGCAGCCGCCCCCCCAACACAUACCUUUACUUUCACAGCAGCUCAGACAGCCCACUCCUCCUCCAUCCCCUCCUCCUGAACUCUCUUUUCCACUCCCAGACACACCUAAACAGAGCCCACCUAGUCCUGGAGAGCCCCCGUCUAGGCAGCGCAUAUCUAGUUCUUCGAGCUCUGGUAGUUCAAGUAGUGACAGUCGUAGCAGUAGCCCUGAACCAGCAGGCGACUCCACAGAACGCAGACCAGGCCCACUGACCUUACUGGCACGCAAGAUGGCGUCUGAGGGAGCUUUCUCUGGUGCAGGAAAGCGUGAUAGGGAGGUAAUGGACGGACAGAGAAGCCACCAUGAGGGGGUUGUGUCUGCAAUUACGCACACAGCUAAUGCAGCUUCAGUUUUGUCAUACCCUAGUUCAGUGAUCUCAAACCAAGGUGUUGGUGUCGUUAGGACAGCGAUGGUGGAAGAGAGUGAUGGCAUGAAGCAGGAUGAUCUUUUAUGGGAGCAAGAAAACAAAAAGAGGGAAAGACAACGAGAACAAGGGAGGCUGAAAGCCCUAGAAAAGGAGAAGGCAUUGGAAAAAGAGCGAGCACGAGUUUUGGAGCGGGAAAGACAGGAGCGAGAAGAAGCUCUGAAACGGGAGAGGGCUUUACAGCGAGAAAGGGAAGAGAAAGAAAAGGCCUUACAGCAGGAGAGGGAAGAGAAAGAGAAGCUUGAAAGAGAACAAGCGUUGGAAAGAGAGCGAGUACGAUUCGAGAGAGAACAAGCUCUGGAACGAGAGAGGCAAGAUAAGGAGAGACUGGAGAGAGAGAGGCAGGAAGCUUUAGAGCGGGAGAGAUUGGAGCGAGAGAGGCUGGAGAAAGAAAGACAAGAACGAGAACAAGCCUUAGAGAGAGAGAGACUCGAGAAAGAAAGACAAGAACGAGAACAAGCUCUAGAGAGGGAGAGACUCGAGAAAGAAAGACUUGAGAAAGAAAGACAAGAACGAGAACAAGCUCUAGAGAGGGAGCGAUUGGAGAGAGAGCGACUUGAGAAGGAAAGACUAGAAAGAGAACAAGCUCUAGAGAGGGAGAGAUUGGAAAGAGAGCGGCUUGAAAAGGAAAGACAAGAACGACAACAAGCUUUAGAGAGGGAGCGAUUGGAAAGAGAGCGGCUUGAGAAGGAAAGACAAGAACGAGAACAAGCUUUAGAGAGGGAGAGAUUGGAAAGAGAGCAGCUUGAGAAGGAAAGGCAGGAACAAGAGAGGCAGAAAAAAGAACAAGCUCUAGAGAGGGAGAGACUGGAAAGAGAAGCUGCUUUGGAGAAAGAGAGACAAGAAAUGGAGAGGGCCAAAGAACAGGAAAGGCUGGAGAAAGAGAGGGCUUUGGAAAGAGAAAGACAUGAAAGAGAAGCUGCUUUGGAGAAAGAGAGACAAGAAAUGGAGAGGGCCAAAGAACAGGAAAGGCUGGAGAAAGAGAGGGCUUUGGAAAGAGAAAGACAUGAAAGAGAAGCUGCUUUGGAGAAAGAGAGACAAGAAAUGGAGAGGGCCAAAGAACAGGAAAGGCUGGAGAAAGAGAGGGCUUUGGAAAGAGAAAGACAUGAAAGAGAAGCUGCUUUGGAGAAAGAGAGACAAGAAAUGGAGAGGGCCAAAGAACAGGAAAGGCUGGAGAAAGAGAGGGCUUUGGAAAGAGAAAGACAUGAAAGAGAAGCUGCUCUGGAACGCAAGAGGCAAGAGCGAGAAAGAAUUGAGAAAAAGAAAGCUUUGGAAGAAGAACAGUUGCAGAAAGAACAAGCUCUUGAGCUUGAGAGAGAAGCACAUAGGAAAGCAGAGGAGGAGCGGGAGCGAGAGCGAGCUUUAGAAAGAGAGAGAGAGGAGCAGGAGAGGGCUUUAAAAGAAGAGCAGCAGAGAGCUUUGGAGGAAAGGGAAAGACUUUUGGAGCAAAAAAGAGUCCAGGAGGAAAAAGAAAAGGCUUCGAAACCUGAAAAAGAGGAGGAACGUGAGAAAGAAAGAGAAAGUCGUCUUCCUCUGUGGAAGCGUGGUCGUGAUAUCGGUGGUCUCUCCUAUCCAACGCCUCAUGCUGCUUCUCUGGAAAGUCCAACGGAGAAGCCCGACGAGAGUGAGACUGGUGAACCUCAGAGCACUGGCAAAGAUGCUCGAUCUACAGAGCCUGUCCUACAGCAGUCACCCAUAGCUGCAACAAAACUGUCUCCUCAAUCUUCUUCUAAGAAGUCCCGCUUCCUUAGAGAUGCCCCUCUGACAACCGCUCUCCCAUCCUCUCCGACUUCUGUGCUGAAGAGACCUCGUAGUUUCUCAGAUAGCCCGAUGCCACAAGCCCCGUCAAUUCCAUUAACAUCUAAGCCUGAGGAAAAAGAUGCCGCUCAGGUCCAUCAAACAUCAGUCUUUGUUUCAGCACCUCAUGAGCUUGAGAGCAAAACCCCCAAGGUGUCUGCCCAACAACAUGCACAACAAGUGGAAGCGAAGAUGGAGACGUCAGAGGAUAGUGAGGCAAGCAAAGACACUAAACAUAAGACUCUCAGAAGAGUUGAGGAUGAGGAGAAAUCUCCUUUACCUCCUCCAGAGGAGAAGAAAAGAGGAAGGGAAAGGGAAAAGAAAGAGGUGGAGAAGAAAAAAAGAAAGUCAUCAUCCUCCAGCGAUUCCUCUUCAUCCAACUCAGAUUCUGGGUCUUCAUCCUCCUCACGCUCCUCCAGUUCAUCAUCAUCAUCAGAGGAGGAGAAAAGUCAUUCCACUUCAGAUGGUAGGAAGUCUAAAGAGGUCCAGAAAGAUUCUUCAUCUCAGCCCACGGAAAAAGUUGGUCAAACUGUGGCUGAAAAGCCUCCAACCGCCCAACGCAAAAAACGAGUCUUCACAGAGCAGGAAGAAAAAGACCUGGGCAAUGAGGAUGUCAUCCAAACCAAGAAACCCUGCCUUGAACUACAAGAUGAGAAGGAAACGAGGGGAAGAAAGGACGAUAUUGACGAAGAUGACACUAACAAAGACACUACCAGUAGUGAGGUGAAGGAGGCUGUCAUGGCGGAGCCUGAGAAGGUUCCAGAGAGCAGUGAGGAGAGCACCACGCCAAAGACCUUCUCGGCCCGAAGGAUUUCUCUCGGCAGCAGCAAACAGUCUCCUGGGGUGGUGAGUUCUGAGGGAGAAGCGGAGGCCGCAAGCAGUGCUGGCGCUGGCAGGAAAAGAAGAUGGGGCUCCAGUACAGCUGUCACUGCCAAGAAACCCUCCAUCAGUAUCACCACAGACUCUUUGAAGUCUUUAAUACCAGACAUCAAGCCUGCUUUGGGUCAGGAGGCUGUGUUAGACCUGCAUCCGGAGGAGAUGCAUCUCUCUGGGGAGGAGGAAGGAGGAGAGAGGGGCGACCAAGACCUGAAAAUUAGGCGAACUGUAACACAGGUUGUGCCCUCUGACACACAAGAGAAUGGACAGAAAGAAUCUAAAAGAAGUGAACAUGAGGAUGAGGAAGAAAGAAGUGAAGGGCAGGAUAGGCUUAGCCAGGAGGAAAAGAUGGAAAGCUCCAUUCAGGUUUCCAUGGAGACGGAGCCGUCAUCCCCUGGGCGAGACGUUGAAAUGAAGACAGUCACUCCCAGUGACACACUGAUUCGGCGUUCCAUUAGCCAGCAGAAGUCGGGUGUGAGUAUCACCAUCGAUGACCCAGUCCGCACAGCCAAACAACCCUCUCCUCCUCGUGGAAAGCUGUCUAACAUUGUCCAUGUCUGCAACCUGGUGAGGCCGUUUACGCUGGGGCAGUUGAAGGAGCUGUUGAAUCGCACAGGGACUGUAGUGGAGGAAGGUUUCUGGAUUGACAAGAUUAAAUCUCACUGUUACGUCACAUACUCUAGUGCAGAAGAGGCAAUGGCCACUCGUACAGCGCUACAUGGGGUUAAGUGGCCCCAGAGUAACCCUAAGUUCCUCAGUGUUGAUUUCUGCACGCAAGAGGAGUUGGACUUCCACAGGGGUUUGGGUCCAGCAGGCGAAAAACCAACAGAGGAGCCUCGUGGGGCGGUAGCUGCUGGGCCUGGCCGUCCCGUACCCACUCCUCUCCUACCAGAGCGUGAUCAGUGGGCAGAACGAGAAAGGGAAAUGGAAAGGAGGGAGAGAACACGUGCAGAAAGGGAAUGGGACAGAGAUAAAGUCAGAGACUUCAGCAAACCUGGAGAGGAGCGGGAAGCUGGGGCCAGAAGAUCGCGAUCACGAGAUCGUGAAAGGCGACGCAAGGAAAGAGGGAAGAGCAAAGAGAGGAAAACCGAUAAGAAGGAAAAAGGACCAGAGGAUCCACCUGCUAAACUGCUGGAUGACCUCUUCCGCAAAACCAAAGCGGCUCCGUGCAUUUACUGGCUCCCCCUCACUGAGGAGCAGGCAGCACAGAGGGCAGCAGCUCGUGCUGAGCGCAUGAGGGAAAGAGAGAAGAGGAGGAAAGAGAUGGAAGAAGAGGAUAAGAAACGUGAGGAGGAGCGGCGAGAGAGGAUGAAGACUAGCGGGCCCACCGGAGGGGAAGGUGAGAGAGACCGAGACAGAGGUCGAGAAAGGGAGCGAGAGGGGGAUAAACGGAAGGAGGGCUACCGUAGGCCUGGUGUAAACAGUGCAAGCGGGAGCAGGAGGUCACGAAGCCACAGCGACCCUCCACCCAGAGAACGACGACGCUAAGGGAAGUCUGGAACUGUCCACUUUGUGACCCCUGUUCCUGUAUGUCCUGUAACAGCUCUAUGCCUACCUUCCUGAGGACCAACUCAGACUUUAUAAAAACACACACAUUCACACACUCUCUGCGUAAAGACACAUGGGUGCAAUCACACACACUGGGACCACAGUAGUGCUGUGUCUCCAUGUAGACUCAUCUCGUUGUCUCUUGAUUGGACUUUUAAGACCCCUGGUGUUCAUUUCUCUGCCACAGUGUUAAUGGACUUCCGGUAUAAGUGGGUUGGACUGCAAGACACCCUCCAGGUUUGGUGACCUCCUCUUUCUCCUUCAGUGUAGUCAACACAGAACUGAAAGAGUGAUGCUCUAAAAGGCUUUGGUGUGAUUUAAGUCCUGAUCACUACUUUGCAUUUUCCUCUUGUUUUCCUCACAUUCCUUGUAAGG